GAUGAUGAGCAAUACAUCGCCGCCGCCGACUUGCGUGACAGCAAGCGUCGCGCGAAGGCUGAAAAGUACACGCGCGAACCAGGCUUGGUUAUCGCCCCGGAGGAGGAUAUCGACGGCAAGCGCGAAAUUGGACAAACCAUUAUGUCGAACAGAGGUCUCACUCCGCACAGAAACAAGGAGGCGAAAAACCCGCGUGUUCGGCUUCGCGGCAAAUUCGGCCGCGCCGUCACUCGAAGAAAAGGCUCCGUUCGCGAUGUCAAAGAAAAGACAGAUGGCUACGGUGGUGAGCUCACGGGUGUU